GGACCGAGUGAAGCCGGCGCCGCAGCUGCAGCAGCCUUGCCCCGCGCGGCACCAUGCCCCGCUCCUUCCUGGUGAAGAGUAAGAAGGCGCACAGCUACCACCAGCCCCGCGCCCCCGACGGCGAGGGCAGCCUCAGUCUGGAGAGCGUCCUGGCCCAGAUCUGCGCAGACACGAAGGUCUCGGGGCAGGUGAAUCUGGACCUCCCAGAGCCGGAGCCUGCCCAGGGCCGCUUCUCCCCGGAAUCUCAGCUGCCCGAAGGGACCGACGGCACCUCAGACUCGGCGCCCAGCUGCGAGGGCAGCUUGUGCGACAGAGCCGCCGAGCUGGAGGAUUUCUGGAGGCCGCCCUCUCCCUCGGCUUCUCCAGCUUCCGAACGUUCCAUCUGUCCCUCCUUGGAUGAGGCUUCUCCUUUUUUGGUGCCCUUGAAACCUUAUGCAUGGAGUAGCCUUGGCAGUUCAGAGCUGAGACAUUUGGUGCAGAACUACAGGCCCUGCCCAACUCUGGAACGUAACUCAUCCCUUGGUCUCUUCUGUGAGCGGGGAUCUGAGCCCACACUCUAUGGAACAGAGCGCAGCUCAGCUCUUGCACUCUAUAGUGACUUUAGCUCCCCUGGACUCUUUGACCGGCCAGCAGCUACCCCCGGAAUCUACGUAGAUGCCCCACCUGGACUCCAACAAGAGAAAAGUGCAAGCGGAAUCAAGGUGGAAUCAGAGCUCCUCUGUCGCCCUCUAUUGAUCAGCACUGGGUCCUACAAGUGUGUCAAAUGCAGUAAGGUCUUCUCCACUCCUCAUGGCCUGGAGGUGCAUGUUCGUCGUUCGCAUAGUGGCACCAGACCCUUCGCUUGUGAGAUGUGUGGCAAGACUUUUGGCCACGCAGUUAGCUUGGAACAGCAUAAAGCUGUGCAUUCACAGGAGCGCAGCUUUGACUGUAAAAUUUGUGGUAAGAGCUUCAAGAGAUCCUCCACCUUGUCUACCCACCUCCUCAUCCACUCAGAUACCCGGCCUUAUCCUUGCCAGUACUGUGGGAAGAGGUUCCACCAGAAAUCUGACAUGAAGAAGCACACUUUUAUCCACACAGGUGAGAAGCCCCACAAAUGCCAGGUGUGCGGCAAAGCUUUCAGCCAGAGUUCCAACCUCAUCACUCAUAGUCGUAAACAUACCGGCUUCAAGCCCUUUGGUUGUGAUCUUUGCGGGAAAGGUUUCCAGAGAAAGGUGGAUUUGCGGAGACAUCGGGAGACACAGCAUGGUCUGAAAUGAGAGCCAUGGGGAAUCUCAAAACAACAAGAACACUAUGUGAACAGAGUCCCUCUUCUUUCUGGUGGGCUGCUCUGCACUGUUUGUGGUCUGGCCCUUCAGCCACUUCCUGACAUAACCUCACUAAACAGGAAGUCAAAGUUGGCUGCCCAGCAUCUUGCAGAACUUAACCAAAAGACCUUGGAAGGAACAUGGAAUGCCAAGGGUGAAGGAAGGUGGGGCAAGGCCUCUCUUUCUCUGUGUCUCUUCCUUUACAAUGAAACACUGGAAACAAUAUCCUUACCCUGCCACCUUGAAGCCCCAGAACCCCCUAUAUGGAUAAGCUACCUGGUGCCUUUCUGUGAACCAGAAAGUUCUCUUGUUUCACAAAUUCCCUUGUUAGCCCUGUUGUUGUUAUUGUUUGAAGUUAAUUUUCUGGGAAGCCUGAACUACAUGAGGUAAUAGUAAACACUGAGCAGUAGCUUGACCAAAAGCAGGAGGCUUUCUUUUGUACAUUUUAAUAAUUAACAGAGAUUUUAAUUCACUGUUUCCACUGGGAACGCAAAUCCUUGCCCCCUUUCAGUGGCGAAUGCUUCAUUUUUCAGAGUGAAUGGAGCCAGUGGGGAUAUAGGUCUGCUCCUGUUUUUAUAUUUUCUCUCUUCCUUUUUGCAAUGCUCAGAA